AUGUCUAAGAAAGGGCGAAAUAAGGGCGAGAAGCCCGAGGCACUCAUUGUCGCCCUUCAAGCUGCCAAUGAAGACCUCAGGACCAAGCUCACAGACAUUCAGAUAGAGCUGCACCAAGAGAAGUCCAAGGUAUCCAAGCUUGAAAGAGAGAAGACACAAGAAGCCAAGAGGAUCCGUGAGCUGGAGCAGCGCAAGCACACGGUCCUGGUGACAGAACUCAAAACCAAGCUCCAUGAGGAGAAGAUGAAGGAGCUGCAAGCCGUGCGGGAGAAUCUCAUCAAGCAGCACGAGCAGGAGAUGUCGAGGACAGUGAAGGUGCGGGACGGAGAGAUCCAGAGGCUCAAGUCGGCCCUGUGUGCUCUACGGGACGGCAGCAGCGACAAAGUAAGGACAGCGCUCACCAUUGAGGCCCGGGAGGAGGCCCGGAAACUGUUUGAUGCAGAGCGCCUUAAGCUCUUACAGGAAAUUGCGGACCUGAAAACAGCCAAGAAGCAGGUGGACGAGGCUCUGAGCAAUAUGAUUCAAGCGGAUAAGAUCAAGGCUGGGGACCUUAGGAGUGAGCAUCAGUCCCACCAAGAAGCCAUCUCGAAGAUCAAGUGGGAGUCCGAGCGGGAUAUUCGGAGGCUGAUGGAUGAAAUCAAAGCCAAGGACAGGAUCAUCUUUUCGCUGGAAAAGGAACUGGAGACCCAGACAGGCUAUGUACAGAAACUCCAGCUGCAGAAGGAGGCUUUGGAUGAGCAACUCUUUCUAGUCAAGGAGGCUGAGUGUAACAUGAGCAGUCCGAAACGGGAAAUCCCAGGAAGGGCAGGAGACGGCUCUGAACAUUGCGGCAGUCCUGAUUUGAGAAGAAAUCAGAAGAGAAUAGCUGAAUUGAAUGCCACUAUAAGAAAAUUAGAAGACAGGAAUACUUUGCUUGGAGAUGAACGAAAUGAAUUGUUAAAACGCGUGCGGGAAACGGAAAAGCAAUGUAAACCUCUCCUGGAAAGGAACAAGUGCCUCGCCAAGAGAAAUGAUGAACUGAUGGUGUCUUUGCAGCGCAUGGAAGAAAAACUGAAAGCCGUUACCAAGGAAAAUUUAGAAAUGAAAGAAAAAAUAACUUCCCAUCCACCCUUGAAGAAAUUAAAAUCUCUGAAUGACCUUGACCAAGCGAAUGAAGAACAAGAGACAGAGUUUCUUAAACUGCAGGUCAUUGAGCAACAGAACAUUAUUGAUGAGCUCACAAGGGACCGAGAAAAGCUCAUCCGUAGGAGAAAACAUAGAAGAAGUUCCAAGCCAAUUAAGAGACCCGUUCUGGACCCAUUCAUUGGCUAUGAUGAGGACUCCAUGGACUCAGAGACAUCAUCCAUGGCCUCAUUUAGAACAGACCGCACACCAGCUACUCCUGAUGAUGACUUGGAUGAAGGCUUAGCAGCUGAAGAAUCUGAGCUACGAUUUCGACAACUGACAAAAGAAUACCAGGCCCUCCAGAGAGCAUAUGCCCUCCUGCAGGAGCAGACGGGAGGUAUCAUUGAUGCUGAACGAGAAGCGAAGGCUCAGGAACAGCUCCAAGCAGAGGUGCAGAGGUACAAAGCCAAAAUUGAAGAUCUGGAAGCGACUCUGGCCCAGAAAGGGCAGGAUUCACACUGGGUAGAAGAUAAACAACUUUUCAUUAAGAGAAACCAGGAGCUUUUAGAAAAGAUAGAAAAGCAAGAGGCAGAAAAUCACCGGUUACAACAGGAACUACAGGAUGCCAGAGACCAGAAUGAGCUGCUGGAAUUUCGAAACCUAGAGCUAGAAGAGAGAGAGAGACGAUCCCCUCCAUUUAAUCUGCAAAUCCACCCAUUCUCAGAUGGUGUGAGUGCUCUACAGAUCUACUGUAUGAAAGAAGGUGUCAAGGAUGUGAACAUUCCUGAUCUCAUAAAGCAGCUUGAUAUCUUGGGUGAUAAUGGGAAUUUAAGGAAUGAAGAACAAGUGGCCAUAAUUCAGGCCAGCACUGUGCUGUCCCUGGCAGAGAAGUGGAUCCAGCAGAUUGAAGGAGCAGAGGCUGCCCUGCACCAGAAAAUGAUGGAACUGGAAAGUGACAUGGAACAAUUCUGCAAAAUAAAGGGCUAUCUAGAAGAAGAACUGGACUACAGAAAACAAGCUCUCGACCAAGCAUAUAUGAGAAUCCAGGAACUAGAAGCUACUUUGUACAAUGCUCUGCAGCAGGAGACUGUUAUCAAGUUUGGUGAAUUAUUAAGUGAGAAACAGCAGGAGGAGCUGAGGACGGCAGUGGAGAAGUUACGGCGGCAAAUGCUGAGGAAGAGCAGAGAGUACGACUGUCAGAUUCUCCAGGAGAGGAUGGAGCUCUUACAGCAAGCCCAUCAGAGAAUCCGAGACUUAGAAGAUAAAACAGAUAUCCAGAAAAGACAAAUAAAGGACUUAGAAGAAAAGUUUCUGUUUCUAUUCUUGUUCUUCUCUCUUGCCUUUAUUCUAUGGCCUUGA